AUCCCAAAAAUAAAAAACUAGAAAAAUGGGCGAAACACUUGUAUCACCCCACUUUAUCAUAUUUCCUUUCAUGUCUCAUGGUCACACCAUCCCUCUCCUCCACCUCGCCACCCUUUUACGCCACCGUUUCAUCGCCGUCACCAUCUUCACCACCCCGGUUAACGCCCCCUCCAUCCGCGAUUUUCUACGCGAUGCAUCCAUCUCUAUUAUCGAACUCCCUUUUCCUAAAGACGCACAUGACAUCCCUCCUGAUGUUGAAAAUACUGAAAAACUUCCUUCUAUGUCCUACUUCUAUCCAUUCGCUAGAGCUACAAAGCUGAUGCAGCCGCUCUUCGAGCAGGCUCUAUCAGCUUUGCAAAAUCCACCUACAUGUAUUAUAUCUGACGCAUUUCUUGGGUGGACUCAACAGUCCGCCCAAAAAAUAGGUAUCCCGAGGUACUUCUUCUUUGGUAUGAGCGUUUUCGCCACGACUAUGUAUCAACUUCUUGGCAUUGAACGUCCUCAUGCUGAAACUAUUUCACUAGAAGAGAGUUUUACGUUUUCGAGUUUUCCAUGGUUAAAGCUCACAAGAAAUGAUUUUGAACCUCCAUUUGGAGACCUUGAGCCAAAAGGUCCAGCUGUGGAAUUUAUGAUGGAGCAAGGUAUUUCCUUUUCAAAGAGCCGUGGCAUGAUCACCAACAGCUUUUACGAACUAGAACCAAGAUUUGCAGACUAUUUCAACAAACAUCUCGGGCCGAAAUCAUGGUGUGUUGGACCUCUUUGCCUUGCCAAGCGGGCCAUGAUCUCACAAACCGACGAUACCUGGAUGCAAUGGCUCAAUAAUAAAUUGACGGAAGAACAGCCUGUUUUGUAUGUAGCAUUUGGUACUCAGGCAGAAGUUUCCGCUGAACAAAUACAAGAAAUCGCAAAGGGUCUAGAAUCAUCCAACACAUGUUUCAUAUGGGUGACAAGACAAAAUGCUAUGGAGCAUUUACAGGGAUUUGAAAACAGAGUAAAAAACAGAGCAUUGAUAGUUAAAGAAUGGGUUGAUCAGAAUGCGGUUUUGAAUCACAAAAGCAUCAAAGGGUUUUUGAGUCAUUGUGGAUGGAACUCUGUUUUGGAAAGUAUAUGCGCUAAAGUGCCUAUUUUGGCUUUACCAUUUAUGGCUGAACAGCACUUAAAUGCAAGAAUGGUGACGGGGGAAAUUGGGGUGGGAUUGAGGAUUAUGCCGAGAAAUGGAUCAGUGAGGGGCUUUGUGGGAGCUGAAGAAGUUGAGAAAAUGGUGAGAGAGUUAAUGGAAGGUGAAAAGGGAGAAAUGGUGAGGAAGAAAGUGAAGGAAUUGGGACAAAAUGCAGAGGAAGCUAUGAAAGAAGGUGGCUCAUCGUGGUCCACAUUAGACCUCCUUAUUCAUGAUGCUUGCGCCCGAAAACUUUGAAAUCAAUUAGAAGUUGAUGGGAUUACUGUUAAUUUGCCAUCGAAAUCAUACUUCGUUUAAGUUACUGAAUUCUAUAAUGAAUUUUCUAAUAGUAGCGUAGGUCAUGUUCUUCCUUGUUGAUGUUUAACGCCUUUGAGCAUAUUGUUGUGCUUAAUAACGUAUGGCCGUUUGCUUUAAUUUGAUCAUCUAAUUAGGAAUACCUAUAUUGAAACCCGACUAAAUUUGAAUUCGAUUGAAAAAGUUUCAUCACUCUCCUACAAAUGCGACUCUAUACCUAAUCAAUAGUUUAUGGUAUAGUUGAUUGUGCUACAAGAAUAGGUAGGCACCUUUUGUACAAGUCUUUCACCUACAGUAAUAAAGGGAAAUUAAAUCUCC